AUGGCAGCAAUCGUUUCACGCAGCUUUACAGUGAUCCUUCUUGUUGGGUUGUGUACUUUUGGCAGCCCAGCAGCCUUGGGAAGCCAAACGAAACCUAACCUGCACCACUACGAAUACCAUCGUGUGCAGGAUUCGAACCAAUCGUGGAUCUGUUGGCAGGAAACGUACAGACCAUCGAAAGAAACAUCUGAUAAGUUCCAUGAGUCCGCGAACGGGACGGUGUCCGAGAUUCAGCGCAUCCUACGCUUCAACCAAUCUACCACGGUUUUGUUUAAGUUUAAUAGCAACUCCGAAAACCAAAACCUUCGCACGGAGUUCACAAUAGAGCGGAAUAAGCUCGUUAUCCUUUCGCUGGAUAAUGCCGGAUUAGAACGAUUAAGUCUAGGACGAGACGAUAAUUGCCGUUUGGCCGAGCUGUCCGUGCCUCGUAACCGUCUCGGCAAGGUCCCGGAUGGAAUUGAGCGUUUAACCGCCCUCAGAAAGCUCGACUUCAGCUACAACCUGCUGGAAGCGUUCAAUCUGGACCUUCUAGCUAAGGCAACCGGAAUGAAGCUGCUACUGCUGAAGAACAACCGUAUAGAGAGCUUCGUCUCUAGAACGCCGAUCUUGUUCGGGAACUUGCAGCGGCUUGACUUGUCCCACAAUCGGCUCGCGACGCUGGAUUCGGCAAACUGGAACAUGCCGCGUUUAGAGCACUUCCACAUUGACCGUAAUCACGAGCUUAAAAUGAUCGUAGGUUGGUCGAAAAAGAGAUUUCCCUUGGUUGAAGGUUUCGAUCCAUCCGGAACGAACAACUGGAACCAAACAUGGCUGAGAUCGGUUCAGUAG